UUAAUCCAGUCGUCACUGUGGGCGGGGCCUCCUGCUGUCAGGUGGGCUGGUAUGUUUAUGUCCUUAGAUCGCUGUCACGCUGUGUAUUGAUCGGACAGGCUCAUGAAAUAAGAGGUGAUCGGUUUGUGUUCCUCAAUGGAGGCUGCCUAGGAAGGAAGGAAGGCGAUCUCCUAAUACCUGUCUAUGACCGGCUCCUGCCAUGUCACAGGCUUUGCACAUGAGAAGUGGCUUGUUGUGUUGCAGAAGGAUCUGCAGUCUCAGGAGCUCCAGGGAUGUAUCUAGGUGGAAGGAAAUGGCAGUUCAUUACCAGGGAAACAUAAUCAAGCGCAGCAGGAUAAAAAGCUUAUGGAAAAUCUCAUUUAUGUGCUUGGGCAUCAAAUAUGUGCCCACAGAAUGUGAGAGACUAUACCAAAGACAAGUACCAGCAGAGGUGGGCAUGGCCUCACCAGGUCAUCAGAAGUCUGAAGAUAGCCUCCUAAAAAAGACCACCUUCGUUGUGCGCUUGGUUGUGCGCUCUUGCGUCCUCUUCCUGAAAUUUGGACCGCUCCUACUAGCCUACCCAUUGACAUUCUUUUCAGACAGAUUUUAUACCCUGUGGCUUCAUCUUCUUCUGAAGGCCACCGAGUCAUCAGGACCAGCUUGCAUUAAACUUGGCCAGUGGGCUAGCACUCGAAGAGAUCUUUUCUCUGAAACGUUCUGUGGCAAAUUUUCCAGACUUCACGUUAAGGUGGCACCGCACUCUUGGGGUUACACUGAGUUUUGCCUGAAAAGAGACUUUGGCGAUAACUAUGGACAAAUGUUUCUAUUUCCGAGUAAGGAACCUGUAGGUUCUGGCUGCGUCGCUCAGGUGUACAAAGCCUACGCUGACCUGUCUGUUAUUGACGCUAUGGAAUCGCAAUCCCUGAUAGGAAGCGCUGGGAGUGACGAUGGCUUUGAGGCAUGGGAAGUGGCGGGGCUUGGUGGCAUUUUCAGGCGUCUAGGGAAAAAGGGGACAUCUGAUCGUGACGCACUGGAAGGACAAGGAGAUGGAACCUGUGAUAUCCAAGGAGAAGACCCAUAUCCUUCAUCCAUAGAGCCAACAGGGGACGAUGCUCAUUGCUUGAUUCCUGUCGCUGUAAAAGUCCUGCAUCCAGGUCUUAGACAACAGGUUAAAAUGGACCUCCUCCUAAUGAAGACCUGGAGCCAACUGCUUGGACUCAUCCCUGGAUUCAGGUGGCUGAGUCUGACCGAGAUUGUGGAAGAGUUCGAGAAACUUAUGACCCGGCAAAUGAAUCUCAAAUAUGAAGCCAAAAAUUUGGAAAUAUUUCAGGAAAAGUUUGAAAAAAUUGACUUUAUAAAAUUUCCCAUCCCACUGCGACCCUUCGUCACAAGGAACAUCCUGGUGGAGACCUUCGAGGAAGGUGAACCUUUGUCUGACUAUCUCCAAGGGUCAGAGUCUACUCAGAUAAAGCAAAGAAUAGCGGCAAUGGGUGUUGACAUGCUGCUGAAGAUGGUGUUUGUGGAUAAUUUUGUCCACGCUGAUCUGCACCCCGGUAAUAUUCUGGUACAGGGGGCGCCGGAGUUUACUUCAAGACAGGCUGAGCAGACCACGUUGGUGGAUAUGUGCGACACGCUGAUUGUGAAUGUCGGCCCCAGCCGCUGCCCUCUCCGCCUGGUGUUGCUGGACGCGGGAAUCGUGGCAGAACUGCAGGAGAGAGACCUUGAGAAUUUCCGAUCUGUGUUUACUGCGGGUGGUCCUUGGGGCAGGGCCGCAAUGAAGGGGGAGACUGUAGCCGAACUGAUCCUUCACCAUGCCAGAGCUAACCAAUGUACGGAUGUGGAAGCUUUCAAGUCUCAGAUGGCUGAGCUGGUGAAUGAAGCCCGGGAGAGUACAGUGUCUUUGGGGAAGCUCCAGGUUGCAUUGCUGCUGUCUCAAGUGUUCCGGCUUUUGAUGACACAUGAGGUGAAGCUGGAGAGCAACUUUGCUUCUAUAGUGUUUGCUAUUUUAGUCUUGGAAGGACUUGGCCGGUCGCUGGACCCCAAGAUUGAUAUCCUGGAGGCUGCCAGGCCUCUGCUGGUGAAGAGUGCGGCGUCCCUCCUAUAGCCAACCAACCUACAGAAGACCAAAGCAUCGUUCUGUUUACAAACCCCACACAUUUGAUUUCUGGUGAUUUACAACCAGCGAUGCUCGUUUUUUUUCUUCAUUUGAGCCCUAACUGUUAAACCCACUGCGACAGUUUUAGGUACAUUUUUGAAGGUUCAGAACCCCAGUUAGGCCUCGUACACACGAUAGGUUAACCAGAGGACAGCGGUCUGAUGGACCGUUUUCAUCGGUCAAAACC